AUGGUACUCAGUGGUGACAAGGUGACCAGUGAUGACCUGAUACUCAGUGAUGACAAGGUCCUAAGUGAUGUCAGGGUACUCAGUGGUGACAAUGUACUCAGUGGUGUCAGGGAACUCAGUGGUUUCAAUAUACUCAGUGAUGACAAGGUACUCAGUGAUGACAAGGUACUCAGUGGUUUCAAUGUACUCAGUGGUGACAAAGUACUCAGUGGUGACAAGGUACUCAGUGGUGAAAAGGUACUCGGCGGUGUCAGGGAACACAGUGAUGACAUGGUACUCAGUGAUGUCAAGGCACUCUCUGAUGUCAAGGUAACCGGUGGUGUUAAGGUACACGUUGAUGUCAAGGUAUUUAGUGAUAUCAAGACUCUCAGUGGUGACAAGGUACUCAGGUGUGACAAGGUACUCAGUUUUAACAAGGUACUCAGUGAUGUCAAGGUACUCAGUGGUGAUAAGGUGACCAGUGAUGACAAGGUACUCAGUGGUGACAAGGUACUCGGUGGUGUCAGGGAACACAGUGAUGACAAGGUAAUCAAUUAUGACAAGUUACUCAGUGAUGACGUGGUACUCAGUUGUGACAAGGUAAUCAGUGCUGUCAGGGUACUCAGUUGUGACAAGGUAUUCAGUGGGGUCUAUAUACUCAGUUGUGGCAAGGUACUUAGUGUUAUUAACGCUCUCAGUGGUGACAAGGUAUUCAGUGGUGACAGGGUAAUCAGUGGUGACAAGGUAAUCAGUGGUGACAAGGUAAUCAGUGGUGACCUGGUACUCAGUUUUGUCAAGGUACUGAGUGGUGACAAGGUACCCUGUGAUGACAAGGCUCUCAGUGGUGACAAGGUUCUCAGUGGUGACAAGGUAAUCAGUGGUGACAUGGUACUUAAUGGUGACAAGGUUCUCAGUGAUGUCAAGGUAUUCAGUGAUGACAGUGUUCUUAGUGAUGACAAGGUACUCAAAUGUGACAAGGUACACAGUGGUGACAAGGUACUCAAAUGUGACAAGGUAAUCAGUGGUGUCAAGGUACUCAGUGAUGACAAGGUACUUAGUGGUAUUAACGCUCUCGGUGGUGACAAGGUACUCAGAGGUGACAAGGUAAUCAGUGGUGACAAGGUAAUCAGUGAUGUCAAGGUACACAGUGGUGACAGGGUACUCAGUUGUGACCAGGUACUCAGUGGUGACAAGGUAAUCAGUGAUGACAAGGUAAUCAGUGAUGACAUAGUACUCAGUGAUGACAAGGUACUCAGUGAUGACAAGGUAAUCAGUGAUGACAAGGUACUCAGUGGUGUCAAGAUACUGAGUGGUGAAAAGGCUCUCAGUUUUGUCAGGGUACUCAGUGAUGAUGAGGUACUUAGUGGUGAGAAAGUUCUCAGUGGUGACAAGGUACUGUGUGGUGGCAAGGUACUCAGUGGUGUCAGGUUACUCAGUGGUUUCAAUGUACUCAGUGAUGACAAAGCUCUCAGUGGUGUCAAGGUACUGUGUGGUGGCAAGGUACACACUGGUGUCAACGUACAGAGUGGUAUCAAGGUACUCAGCGAUGUCAAGUUACUUACUGAUGUCAAGGUACUCAGUGGUGUCAAGGUACUCAGUGGUGUCAAGGUACACACUGGUGUCAAGAUACUGAGUGGUGAAAAGGCUCUCAGUUUUGUCAGGGUACUCAGUGAUGACGAGGUACUUAGUGGUGAGAAAGUUCUCAGUGGUGACAAGGUACUGUGUGGUGGCAAGGUACUCAGUGGUGUCAGGUUACUCAGUGAUUUCAAUGUACUCAGUGAUGACAAAGCUCUCAGUGGUGUCAAGGUACUGUGUGGUGGCAAUGUACACACUGGUGUCAACGUACAGAGUGGUAUCAAGGUACUCAGCGAUGUCAAGUUACUUACUGAUGUCAAGGUACUCAGUGGUGUCAAGGUACUCAGUGGUGACAAGGUACCCACUGGUGUCAAGGUACUCUGUGGUGACAAGGUUCUCAGUGGUGACAAGGCUAUCAGUGGUGACAAGGUAAUCAGUGGUGACAAGGUACUUAGUUGUGUCAAGGUACUCAGUGAUGUUAAGGUACUCAGUGGUGUCAGGGUACGCAGUGAUAAUGAGGUACUUAGUGGUGACAAGGUAAUCAGUGGUGAAAAGGUACUCAGUGGUUUCAAUGUACUCAGUGGUGACAAGGUACUCAGUAGUUUCAAUGUACUCAGUGGUGUCAAGGUACUCAGUUGUGACAAGGUAUUUAGUGGUUUCAAGGUACUCGGUGGUGUCAGGGAAAACAGUGGUGACAAGGUUCUCAGUGGUGACAAGGUACUCAGUGAUGUCAAGGUACUCAGUGAUGACAAGGUAGUGAGUGGUGACAAGAUACUGAGUGGUGAAAAGGCUCUCACUGGUGUCAGGGUACUCAGUGAUGACGAGGUACUUAGUGGUGAGAAAGUUCUCAGUUGUGACAAGGUACUCAUUGGUGACAAGGUACUCAGUGGUGUCAGGUUACUCAGUGGUGUCAAUGUGCAUAGUGGUGACAAGGUACUUAGUGGUGACAAAGUUCUCAGUGGUGUCAAGGUACUGUGUGGUGGCAAGGUACUCAGUGGUGACAAGGUACACACAGGUGUCAAGGUACUCAGUGGUGACAAGGCUAUCAGGGGUGACAAGGUAAUCAGUGGUGACAAGGUACUUAGUGGUGUCAAGGUACUCAGUGGUGUCAGGGUACGUGGUGAUAAUGAGGUACUUAGUGGUGACAAGGUAAUCAGUGAUGUCAAGGUAAUCAGUUGCGUCAAGGUACACACUGAUGUCAAGGUACGCAGUUGUGUCAAGGUAUUCAGUGGUUUCAAUGUACUCAGUGGUGACAAGGUUCUCAGUGGUGAUAAGGUACUCAGUGUUGACAAUGUACUUAGUGGUGACAAGGUAUUCAAUGAUGUCAAGGUACUCAGUGGUGUCAGGUUACUCAGUGGUUUCAAUGUACUCAGUGUUGUCAAGGUUAUCAGUGGUGACAAGGUACUCAGUGGUGACAAGGUACUCAAUGUUGACAAGGUAAUCAGUGGUGUCAAGGUACUCAGUGGUGAUAAGGUAUUCAGUGUUGACAAGGUACUUAGUGGUGUCAGGGUACUCACUGAAGACAGGGUACUUAAUGGUGACAAGGUUCUCAGUGAUGAUAAGGUACUCAGUGUUGACAAGGUACUUAGUGGUGACAAGGUAUUCAAUGAUGUCAAGGUACUCAGUGAUGUCAAGGUACUUAGUGGUGACUAG